AUGGCUACCUGGACGACAAACAUCUUUGUGAUCUGUGCUGUCACCAUCUUUAUUGCAACCCUCAUCCUGGCACCCACUACGAGAACCUCACCCGCAGCUUUGACUCGUCUCGCCAAUCUCGUCUCACAAAUACAAUUGCAACCUACCGCCGGCACACACUUCAGAUCAGGUCUUGGCAUCAAAUCAUUCUUCACCGCCCCUCAGUCCAACCUCAACGAAAGUGGACAAAGACCACCAAUCAUGGCCUACGAGAAGGAACUCAAAGUUGCGCAGCUGGCUGUCGCAAGAGCCUCCAUCUUGACCAAGGCAGUUUUCCACGAGAAGGCCAAAGGCACAGUCUCCAAGGAUGACAAGUCGCCCGUGACCAUUGGAGACUUCGGCGCUCAAGCCCUCAUCAUUGCCGCCAUCAAGCACAAUUUCCCACAAGACGAGGUUGUCGGUGAGGAAGAGGCAUCUUCACUACGAGAGCAGAAAGAUCUUUCCUCCCAGAUAUGGAGUCUCGUCAAAGAUGCCAAGCUCACCGACCAAGACUCGGACGCUUCACUUGGCGGACCCAUCAAGACAGAAGACGCAAUGCUCGAGGCCAUCGACCAAGGUAACAGCGCCGGUGGCAACAAAGGCCGCAUCUGGGCACUCGACCCCAUCGACGGCACCAAGGGCUUCCUCCGCGGCGGCCAAUACGCCGUGUGCCUGGCACUGCUCGUGGACGGUGACGUCAAGGUCGGCGUGCUGGGCUGUCCGAAUCUCCCCGUGGACGAUUCCGCCCCGCUGACCGAGAACAUGGGCGCGGACGCGACAGAUGCAGAGGGCAAAGGCGUUCUUUUCUCCGCCAUCCAAGGCCAAGGCGCAGCCUCACAGCCACUGACCCGCGGCCCAGUCACGGCCGGCCAGCCCAUCCACGUCAGCAACAUCUCCGACGUCAGCCAGGCCGUGCUGUGCGAGUCCGUCGAGGCAGGACACUCGUCCAAGGGCGACAACGCCGAGAUCGCCCAGAAGCUCGGCAUCACCGGCAAGCCUGUGCAGAUGGACAGCCAGGCGAAAUACGGCAGUGUGGCCAGAGGAGCCGGGGAUCUGUACUUGCGCCUGCCGGUCAAAAAAUCUUAUGUCGAGAAGAUCUGGGAUCACGCUGCUGGUGACUUGAUCGUCAGAGAGGCCGGUGGUCAGGUCACGGAUAUUCACGGCAACAGGCUGGAUUUUGGACGAGGACGAACCCUCACCGAGAACAAGGGUGUGGUGGCAUCACCGGCUAAUGUUCACGCUCAGGUUUUGAAGGCUGUUCAGGAAGUGCUGUCGGCCAAGCUAUAG